UUCCAUUAAUGUGUGUGCAUCAGCAUGUCUUAUCAUUUCAUAAGCUGAUCCACCGUCAGAAACUAGUGCUUUUUUACCAGUGAUGAUAUUAAAAUCAAAGUGUAGUUCAUUGCUGUCACCGAUUUUGUGCAGUAUAAUUUCAAAAUCAUACAACAUUCUACGGACUAUUGUCACGGUAGCUAAAAUUCCUCAAGCGAGUCUUGAAGCCCUCACAUUAACAAUAAUUAUACAAUAAACAAACAGUCACAAAUGAAUAAAACGCAAGGAACUGUUGUCGCUAAAAGACCAUAAGUAUUGUCUUGAUCAAAUGGCAGUGAUGAUUCUUCACUAACAACAAUUUAGCAUAAUUUCUAUGCAAAUACAUUUAAGUCGGUCAGUUUUUGUGUGUCUUCUAAUCUAAUAACGCCAAGACUAAAUUUGUAAAGACCCUAGUUAGUUGCAGUGUAAUUAUUCGAAAUACCGGAACUCUUGAGAACUUGCUGUCAAUAACCUUGAAGUAUCGCAUGGAGUAUCGUACCGGGUCCAAGACAAGACAAUACAAUUCCACUUACAUUGUUGAAAUUUUGGUUUGCAGGUGCCUAUUAUCCUCAACUUGUAAUUUACUUUGAAGCAUGAUUAGUAAUUUACUUUGAAGCGUGAUUAAGACAAAUGAAAAACGAAAGUGUAGAAGAAUCAUCUAUCUUGUGGGAGUCAUUCAUCCUUCCUCAUUCCUCUUAUCCUCUAAUACGUUUUGCAAUUUGUUUGGAAAUAAAUGACGGAAUCAGGUGCUUGAAGAAACUCUUCCAUACUUCCAUUGUGUUGCUACUUUUUCUACAAUGUUUCAACCCUUCCCUAUCCUCUGGAUUCAACAAUGUUUCUUUCAAUUUCGGAGCAAUUGGCCGCCGAGUGGUGACGAGGUGCAUAGAGAGUGAAAGGGAAGCACUGCUUGCUUUCAAACAAGGUCUGAUUGAUGACUACAAUCUCAUCUCCUCGUGGGGAAGAGAAGAACGCAAGCAAGAUUGUUGCAAAUGGCUUGGCGUCCACUGCAGCAACCGAACCAACCAUGUUACUCAACUUGAUCUUGGAGUUAAACAUAUGGAUAAAGCUUACUCACUUCAACACAAAGGUGACCAUAAAGAUGUCUAUUAUUAUUUGCAAGGUAAGAUGAUGAGUCCUAAACUGAUUGAGUUGCAACAUUUGAAAUAUUUGGACCUUUCAUGGAUUAACUUCAAUGGAAGCCAAAUUCCAGAUUUCAUUUGUUCUCUUUCCAACUUAAGAUUCCUCGAUCUCUCUUUUGCUUCUUUUGGUGGCCGAAUUCCAACUCAGAUCGGAAACCUUACCCACUUGCAAUAUCUUGAUCUCGGUUCCAAUAACUUUGCUAAUGUAGAAAAUAUGAAUUCAUGGCUGCCCCAUCUUUCUGCUUUAAAGUAUUUAGACCUGAGUGAUACCAAUCUCAGUAAUGUUCCUGACUGGAUGGAAGCAGUUACUAAGCUCCCUAAACUUACAAACUUGUCUCUGUCUUAUUGCAGUCUUCCUUCUCCUCUAAUUCAUUCCAGUACUCUUUUUAACAUAAAUUCUACUAGAUCUCUUGCUCAUGUAGAUCUCAGUUCCAACCAAAUCCCAUUUUCUUCAUCUUCUUCCAUAUUUGUGUGGUUAUCCAAAUACAAUGCCAGCCUUGUUCAUCUUGAACUCUCUGAAAACCAAAUUGAAGGAGGGAUUCCACAAUCAUUUUCCGGGUUAUGUAAUUUGCAAGAAUUGUACCUUAUGGGCAACAAUUUGAGUGGACAACUUUCUUGGUUGGUUCAAAUAUUAAUGUCUGCAUGCCCUGAUCAGAACUCAUUAGAGACUCUGGUCCUCUCAGGCAAUCAUCUUUCUGGAUCAAUUCCUAAUCUCACAAAAUUUUCAUCAUUGAAAGAAUUAGUUCUCCCUUACAAUCAAUUGAGUGGAACAAUACCUGAAAGCAUUGGGCAUAUGUCUAGGCUCGAGGGUAUCUACCUUGGUACGAAUGCUUUGGAAGGUGUGGUUUCAGAAAGCCACUUCUCCAAUCUCUCCAGAUUAAGGAAUUUGGAUAUGUCCAAUACCUCAGUAUCUUUAAGCUUCAGUUCUAAUUGGACUCCUCCUUUCCAAUUGGUUUCCAUUUAUUUGAGCUCUUGCAUGGUGGGUCCACAUUUUCCAAAAUGGCUUCAAACUCAAAAAAGUUAUCAGCACCUUGAUAUUUCUAAUGCAGGAAUAUUUGAUAUCCUUCCAAGUUGGUUAUGGAGCCCUCUGUCGCAUCAGAAUCCUAUAAAUUUUAUAGAUCUUUCCAACAACCAAAUUAGAGGAACAAUUCCAAAUUCAAGAUUUGAGUUUCCCUCAUCUUACUAUAGUAAAGUGAAUUUGAGUUGGAACCGAUUGGAAAGUCCAGUCCCUUCAUUCCUUUCCACAGUGAUAUCUCUAGAUCUCUCCAACAAUAAGCUUUCAGGGUUAAAUUCUUUCAUGUGUCCAAAGACUCCGAACAAGGUUAGUCGUUUAGUCUCUCUUGAUCUCUCAAGUAACAAUUUGUACGAACAACUUCCUAAUUGUUGGUCACGUUUAGAAAAUCUUGCCUUUCUUGAUUUGAGUGAUAAUGCUCUUUUUGGGAAAAUUCCUACCACAAUGGGCUCUUUACCUUCUAUUCAAACGCUGAAGUUAAACAAGAAUGGGCUUGUGGGGGAAUUGCCUUCAUCCUUGAAGAACCUUACCAGACUCAGUGUUUUUGAUGUUGGAGAAAAUAACUUAUCAGGUUUGAUACCUAAAUGGUUAGGGGUUGGACUUCCAAAUUUGGCCAUCCUUAUCCUCCGUUCUAAUCACUUCUAUGGAAGCAUUCCACUACAAUUGUGUAAUAUGAGAAACAUUCAAAUUCUGGAUUUUUCGAUGAAUAACAUAUCUGGAACUAUACCCAAAUGCGUCAACAAUUUGACUAAUUUGGCUACAAAAGGAAGUUCAAGUCUAACUAUUUUUCAUACCUAUGAUAUGUCACUUGGCGGACAAUCAGGUUAUUUUGAGGAAGCAUCCUUGAUAUGGAAAGGCAUAAUGUCCAAAUACAAAAGUACUCUGGGGCUUGUAAAGUGUAUUCAUCUGUCGAGUAACCAAUUAACGGGGGAGAUUCCUAGGGAAAUCACUGAUCUUGUGGGGUUGGUUUCUUUAAACUUGUCAAGAAACAAUUUAACAGGUCAAAUAACUCCAACAAUCGGGAAGUUGGAGUCCUUAGAGUCCCUUGAUCUGUCAAGAAACCACAUAUAUGGUGGAAUACCAACAAGCCUUUUUCAAAUAUAUGGUCUUGGUGAUUUGGACUUGUCAAACAACAACCUGUCUGGAAAAAUUCCAAUGGGGACUCAGCUCCAAACCUAUGAUCCAUCUGAUUUUGCUGGAAAUCCUCUGCUUUGUGGGAUUCCACUUCAACAGUUGUGCUCUCCUGAGGAAACAAGUCCCAAGGAGCAACCAAUGUUUGGGGAUCAAGUUAAAGAGAAUGAUGGGCUUAUAACAACAGGAUUUUACUUGAGUUUGGCAUUUGGUUUUGUUGUUGGAUUUUGGGGAGUUUGUGGGAGUUUGAUAUUCAUCAGGUCAUGGAGAUACACAUACUACAAGUUCUUGAGCUGUGUGUACGAUUGGCUUUAUGUGAGGGUGGCGUUGAUCAGGCGACGAAGAGCGAUUGAUGGGUAAACUCUUGUGCAUCUACCGUUGGUAAGCAAUGCUCCCUUUAAACUGGAGAAGAAGGAGAUUGAAGAGUGCAAUUUGAAGUUAUAAUUUAGUGAAAGUGUUGUGUUUAAUUUAGUGGCCUUUUUGUUUUUGCAAUGACGUUACUUGAAUUAUCUUUAAGGGGUUAAUUAGGUUCUCUUCAUCCUCUUUUACUAAGUGUACCAGUUGAUCAUUUUCAAUAAAUUUCUUUGACAAACUUGCAAGAACUUAUUAAUCAAGUUACAAAGAGAACAAAUAGACAGAUAAUUCAAUAAAAGAAUGGAUACAUUAACAUUGAGAACAUCAUACAUUACAUUAACAGAUAAUUCAAUCAAUAUAUCUCACAUCAUCAAUUGUUGAUUCUUUACGAUUCAAGUCUGAUCAGACCGCAUUAUCUUGACAACCGAGAAAAACAAUUCGAAUUAUUAAAAUCUGAUUGGCGUAAGAGCUCACUACUGGUUUAAUUGACUAUUCUCAUCAUUCAUUAAUUCUCAUUGCCACCUUCAGCCAACGUAAAACAUGAGGUUAUCGAGUGCACCAAUUGGGCAAUUAGCAUGACAGACGAUGCAUGCAGCAUUGCAAUAAUGUAAUGGAAAUUGGAUUUUCGUACACAGAGCCCUCAAUAAUGCAUCGGUUCGGCUGCGCAAUGUUAGAAAAAUAAAAUAAGGACCAUAUUCUUCAAUGAUUUUGUUGUGUUUGCAGUGGAUCUUCUGGGUCGGACCAUUCAUCGGAGCUGCACUUGCUGCGCUACCAUCAGAUAGUCAUCAGAGCCAUCCCAUUCAAGACCAGGGAUUGACAUAGUAAUCCCCUUCGGGUGUCCCCGUCGGGCCUUGUUCUGUCUAAAUGCUGCGAUUGUGUAUAUUUCGUUCGUUGUGUUUUAAUGUCGAGAGUGGAUAUUUGGGGUGCUAAUGUGCAUAUAAGUUAUUUAUCCUGUUACAUUAAUGGAAAACUUUAUUUAAUUUAUUUAUACUUUGUUAUUAUGUUUA